AUGAUUGGACUUUGUUAUUUGAUUAUAAAAUUAUUCCUGUUUUUUUAUUUUCAAAAUAAAUUUCAUAUUAUUUACUGUCAAAAUUGUGAUGGACAACAUAACUGCAAAAAUGAAUGUUUUAUAUUAAAUGAUGAUAAAAGGAUAUGUUUAUGUGAUAAUGAUGAAAAGGGGAUACAUUGUAAAGAAAAAUGGAAUGUUUGUGAAAACGAUUGUAAUAUAAAAGGUAUUAAAGAAUCAUGUUCUGUUGCUUUAUGUAAAGCAGGAACAUGUAAUCCAAUUGAAACAGAACCAUAUUAUAAAUGUGAAUGUGGAGAUUUUUUUAAAGGAAAAAAUUGCGAAAUUGAAAAUAAUCCUUGUACACUCCCUGACACUAAUCCAUGUUUAAAUGGUAAAUGCAUUUUUAUUUCUAAACUUAAUAGAAUUAUCUGUGAAUGUAACAAUGGAUGGACACAAAAAAAUAUACAAAAUUCAACAUUGUUAAAUUGGGGAAAUCAAAAGGUGGAAGUUCCUCCACCAUGUGAUGAGCAAAUAAAAAGAGGAUUAUCAAAAUAUGUUAUUUAUCAUACGCCAACUUCCUACGCCAUGUGGUGGCUGAUAUAUGUAAUAAGUGUGCUUGUCUUAUUCUUAUGCUGUUGUAAUGUAUGUUUUGAUUUUUUUUCAAAUUCAAUGUUUAAUUAUUUUGGAAGACUUAACAAUAAAAAAAAAGAUUAA